CUCCCAUAUCUCUGAUUUCGUCUUUCAUUUAUUUUUGUCUCUCAGAAGUCUCUUUCUUUUCUUGGUCAUUCUUCUUGUUUUCUCUUCGUUAGCUUCCCUGGGCUGAUCGGAGUGAAUCUCAUUCCAAUUUUUGCUUGAUAUGGCUUCACAUACCCCCAAGAAUAUCCUCAUCACUGGGGCUGCUGGAUUUAUCGCAUCUCAUGUUGCCAACCGGCUGAUUCGGAACUAUCCUGACUACAAGGUGGUUGUGCUGGACAAACUUGAUUACUGUUCUAAUUUGAAGAAUCUCCUUCCUUCAAAAUCAUCUCCCAACUUCAAGUUCGUCAAGGGUGACAUUGGAAGUGCUGACCUUGUCAACUACCUUCUCAUAACCGAGUCCAUUGAUACCAUUAUGCACUUUGCUGCUCAGACCCAUGUGGACAAUUCAUUUGGUAACAGCUUUGAGUUCACCAAGAAUAACAUAUAUGGUACUCAUGUCCUACUGGAAGCCUGCAAGGUCACUGGCCAGGUCAAAAGGUUCAUUCAUGUGAGCACAGAUGAGGUCUAUGGGGAGACAGAUGAAGAUGCUGUAGUGGGAAAUCAUGAGGCUUCUCAACUUCUUCCCACAAACCCAUAUUCUGCAACAAAAGCUGGAGCAGAAAUGCUUGUCAUGGCCUAUGGUAGAUCAUAUGGGUUGCCGGUGAUCACAACCCGUGGAAACAAUGUUUAUGGGCCAAAUCAAUUUCCUGAGAAGUUAAUUCCAAAGUUCAUCCUUUUGGCUAUGCAAGGAAAGCCUCUUCCAAUUCAUGGGGAUGGUUCCAAUGUGAGGAGUUAUUUAUAUUGUGAAGACGUUGCCGAGGCUUUUGAAGUAAUCCUUCACAAGGGAGAGGUUGGUCAUGUUUACAAUAUCGGUACUAAGAAGGAAAGGAGAGUUAUCGAUGUAGCCAAAGAUAUAUGUACUCUUUUCAAAAGGGACCCGGAAACUAGUAUAAAAUUUGUGGAUAACAGACCAUUCAAUGAUCAGAGGUAUUUUCUGGAUGAUCAAAAGCUGAAGAACUUGGGUUGGUCCGAGAGGACCACAUGGGAAGAGGGGUUGAAAAAAACCAUGGAAUGGUAUAGUAAGAAUCCUGACUGGUGGGGUGAUGUCUCUGGAGCAUUGCUUCCUCAUCCAAGGAUGCUGAUGAUGCCUGGAGGAAUGGAGAAAUUUUUUGACGGAUCUGAAGAUGACAAGUCUGAAUCUUACGGCUCAACUAAUCCUACAAUGGUUGUUCCCUCACCCAAGAGUGCUGGUUCGCAGCAGAAACCUCCUUUGAAGUUCUUGAUUUAUGGUAGAACGGGUUGGAUCGGGGGUCUAAUAGGAAAACUAUGUGAGAAACAAGGGAUUCCAUAUGAAUAUGGAAAAGGGCGGCUACAGGAUCGUGUAUCUCUCUUGGCAGAUAUAUUGAAUGUGAAGCCAACUCAUGUUUUUAAUGCAGCAGGAGUCACUGGCAGACCCAAUGUUGAUUGGUGUGAAUCUCACAAAACAGAAACCAUCCGCACCAAUGUUGUUGGUACUUUAACAUUGGCUGAUGUCUGCAGAGAGCAUGACCUCUUGAUGAUAAACUAUGCCACUGGGUGUAUAUUUGAGUAUGAUGCAGCACAUCCUCAGGGUUCUGGCAUUGGAUUUAAAGAGGAAGACAAGCCCAAUUUCACUGGUUCUUUCUAUUCCAAAACUAAGGCCAUGGUUGAAGAACUUCUGAAAGAAUAUGACAAUGUCUGCACCCUCAGGGUUCGCAUGCCAAUCUCAUCUGAUCUGAACAACCCACGCAACUUCAUCACCAAGAUAUCUCGCUAUAACAAAGUGGUCAACAUUCCAAACAGCAUGACUAUCUUGGAUGAACUUCUGCCUAUUUCCAUUGAGAUGGCAAAGCGAAACUUAAGGGGCAUCUGGAACUUCACAAACCCUGGUGUUGUCAGCCACAAUGAGAUCCUUGAGAUGUACCGAGACUACAUCAACCCCAGCUUCAAGUGGACCAAUUUCACCCUGGAGGAGCAAGCCAAAGUAAUAGUUGCUCCCAGGAGCAACAAUGAGAUGGAUGCAUCAAAGUUGAAGAAAGAGUUCCCAGAAUUGCUUUCCAUAAAGGAAUCGCUGAUCAAGUAUGUGUUCGAGCCAAACAAGAAAACUGGUAAAAACUAGCAGCAUUGAGACAUCAGAACUCUUCUGCUCUGCAAAUUGUCGUCAGAUUACAUGGCUUUUAGAUUCUUUAUUCAUCAUUUCAUUGUUAGUUAUAUGCAGUUACCGGGUGUAGUGGUUAAUAAUCAUGGUUCUUUUCACCUGUCAUUCCUAAUUAUUUAGUGUUGUCUACUGUUAAAUAGUUUUAUGUUCUCUGCAAACUUGUUUUAAUUAAUUCUUCUGUUGCUAAUAAUAUCCCAUUUUGUCGAUCAUUCUUGUAUCUCCUUGGCAUUGAGAUAUAAAUUUAAUUUCCUUGUUUCACUAAGUAACCAGUUGAUGUAUUCGAACAUUGACCUUCUAUGUAAUUACCCAUUAUUUUUUGUA